AUGGCAAUGAUAAUAUCUAAAAAUGUGUUCACCCUAAUCUUGGUGCUAUUGUUGGGGAUAGCCAUUGCCCUUUCAGCCACUGUCGAAGAGCUCCCCCAAGUCGAUCCUAACGAGCUUCGGUUCACAACGUCAUCUCUCCGAGGGAUAGGUGGCCGGUUCCUUGCGGAGCAAGUACGAGCAGCACCAACAACAUGUGACAAGAAUCCGACGGUCUGUAAGAGCAAGGGCAGUGCAGGACCUAACUGCUGCAGCAAAAAAUGCGUCAAUAUAAGGACGGACACAAACAAUUGUGGGCGGUGUGGAGCGAAGUGUAAGUAUUCGGAACUCUGUUGCAACGGUGUUUGUGUGAACCCGUCUGUCAAUGGCAAACAUUGUGGCAAGUGCGGCAACAAGUGUGGAAAUGGAAGCUCAUGCGUGUUUGGCCUGUGCAGCUACGCCAAUUAG